CUGCUUCAUUCUUCGAACUAUUAUCAAAGCAUUGUCUUUACCUCCGCGCUAUAGCCCAUCAUGGAGGGACCUUCUCGAAAUGCGAGUUUGUGGAGCAGGUACACCGACAAAAUCUCUACUCCAUACACAAACACACCCGAUACUCGAUCAGAAGUCCAGCAAAAGCCUGAAGUCGGUCAGGAAGAGAAUGUGACAACAAGAGCUGGGAGAGUGGUAGGAGGUCGUUACGUGGAAGAGAGCAAGGAAUCUGGACUGCACGAUAAUCAUGGCCCGCUUCAGGUGGUCGACAUCGACAUGCCUCUGACUUUGACUGAGCUGGUCGAAGUGGAUGGCAAAGAGUUCAUCGUACUUCAGUACGCUUCGUUCGACCCUGUCAACCCCUUCAACUGGAACCCGUGGUACAAACGUGCCGUCACAACAAUGCUCAAUUUGAUGACACUCUCGAUCGGACUCUCGACAACCUGCUACAGUUCGACAGUCAACAGUAUGACCACGGAGUUCGGCGUCUCGACAGAAAUUGGCCAGCUCGGCUUAUUCCUCUUCAACUUUGUCUGCGCGAUUGCACCGCUCUUUCUUGCACCAUUCUGCGAGCUUGUCGGUCGCAAGAUUGUGUAUGCUGGUGCAUACUUCUGCUUCUCGCUCUGCUUUAUCGGCCUAUCUUUGGGACAGAACAUGGCCACGAUUCUGGUAAUGAGGGCUUUCCUGGGUCUAUUCGGAUGCGUUGGCACGAUUCUAGUGGGCGGUACUUUCGAUGACAUGUACUUGCCACGACAACGCAGCAGACCGAUGGCAAUGUUCGCCUUCAUCGCCAUCUUCGGCACCGUUUUUGCUCCGGUCUACGCUGGCUUCAUCGAUCAACAUUUGGGAUGGAGAUGGGUUGAGGGCAUCCAAGGACUGAGCACCAUCCCACUCUUAAUCUGCAUCGUCAUCUUCUUCCCAGAAACCCGUGGUGGCGUGUUUCUGCAGAGGCGUGCAAGACAGCUUCGCAAGGCGACAGGUGACGACCGCUACGUUGGCCCAGAUGAGAUCGAAACUCCAUCAUUGCAGAGUAUGCUGAAGGCAUCAUCAGUCAAAGCAUUCAAAAUGCUGGCAACUGAGCCUGUGGUCUUCGCGUUCGGCCUCUGGAUUGCUUUCUGCUGGUUCGUGGUCUUCCUCUUCCUGUCUGUCAUCCCGAUCACCUUCACCGAAAAGCGCGGCUGGAAUGAAGGCGUUUCUGGAUUACCUUAUAUCAGCUUGGCUAUUGGAACUACACUCGGCUGGGCCGCGCAUCACUUGCAAAUGCGAAAGUACGAAAAGAUCAUGAACGAUCCAGAUCGAAUUGCCACGCCUGAAAGCCGUUUGUAUGGCGCCAUGUUCGGAGCAGUCUGGUUCCCAAUCGGCCUCUUCAUCUACUCAUUCACCCAAUACGGCUAUAUCCACUGGAUUGCUCCCACGAUCGCUCUUGCGCCUAUCGCGUUUGGAAUCUACUUCGUGUUCGAAAGCACGUAUUCGUACACUGCGGAUUGCUAUGGCGAGAAUUCGUCUUCGGCGAUUGCUGGGCAGGGAUUCAUGAGGAAUACGCUUGGUGCUGUGUCGCCACUAUUCGCGAGUCAGUUCUUCCACAAUGUUGGAAGUCAGUAUGCUGGGUUACUGCUAUCCAUUGUGGGCACGAUAUUGAGCUUGAUCGCUUUUGUGAUGUUCAAGUUUGGGCCUCAGCUCAGGAAGAGAUCGAAGCGCGCGAGACAGUUCUAGAUUACUCGUGCUUGGUACAGUGCUUUUGAGGUAGUUUAAGAAGGACCCAAUUGGUCAGAUAAUCCUAUGGUUGUGACCUGCUCUCUUCACUUCACAUGGUUUUCCGCACCCUCAUCGGAAAUCUGGCCCUGAUGGGACUGCACACGCUCAAUUCCACCAAAACGAAACCGAGAAGCUUGCCGUAAUGCUCUCCACAUAAUGCCACCAUCCAAGUGGAAUAUACAAGCACUCUCCUGGUCCAAGAAUAGCU